AUGAAGCUUCGAAUCCCGAAAAAGGAUCGGACACACAGCCGACAUCAAGAAGUUCUCAAUAAGGCUACUCCACUCUUGGUGCAUUUGUUGAUGAUUGGCUCUGUUGGACUGUAUGCAGUAUUGGGAGCAGUGAUUAUGAGAAGAUUGGAGUCCCGAUCACUGGCUGAGAUUCGCACUGAAGUCGAGAGUAAAUGGGCAAAUGUACCUGAUGAAACUUCAAAGCACCGCCGUCGACACACCCUCGAAAUCGAGAAUAUAUUGGACACUUAUGAAGAUGGUGAAGAGAGUUCUCGUCAAAAGAGAGCUGCAGCUGAAGUGAUGAGAAGUCGAAAAUGUGUGAUCGCUGUGAUUAAACAAAUGCGUGGCAAAUGCGAUUUUGCAUCAGUAGAUGUGAGUAUGAUUAAAGAAUUGGACAAAUGCUAUCAUGUUGCCGUCGAGCACGCAACUCACACAAAAGAUGUGAUAUUUAAGAAUAGUGCGGAAGAAGUUGAAUCUGUGGCCGAAGAGUUGGAAGAGGUUUUACCGUGGUCAUUCAUGGACAGUCUACUCUUUGCUUUCACCGUCAUCACAACUAUCGGUUACGGUAAUGUUGCUCCCCGUACAUUUUGGGGUCGUCUUUUUGUGAUUCUCUAUGGUUUGAUCGGUAUACCGUUUACUCUUCUUGCGAUUGCCGAUAUGGGAAAAUUUCUCUCCGAAAUUAUGUACGCUGUCAUAAAGAGAUGCUCAAAAUUUAAGAGACGAUUGAAAGAAAUGCUCUCACGGAAAGAUCGAAAACAAUACGAUUUCAACAAAUUGAAUGGAGGAUUGGGGAAAAGUGGAGGUGAUGGGACGCCGUUGAGUGAGAAGACCACAAGUAUUGAAGAGGUUGUCAAAGCUGAAGAAGGACAAACAAUUAUAUCACCAGAAGAUGAUAAGGUAUCCGUCUCUUCAGACGAAGAAGCCGAUGACAGUCAAGCUCUUCCCCUAUUCAUUCUAUUUAUUCUGUAUAUUGGACUUGGUGCUCUUUUAUUAUGCCAAUACGAGCCAGAUAUGGAUUUCUUUAAAGCCGUUUAUUUCAAUUUCGUCACAUUGACUUCGAUUGGACUUGGUGAUAUUGUGCCAAGAAGUGAGACGUUUAUGGCUGUAACAAUCGUUUAUAUAGCGAUCGGAUUGGCGUUGACUACAAUCGCUAUUGAAAUCGCUGCUGAUACCCUUAAGAAGUUGCACUAUUUCGGGCGAAAGAUCGAGAAUGUAGCCAAUGUUCCGAUUUGGUUUGGAGGGAAGAAACUCACAAUGAAGCAAUUGGUGAGAAAUCUCGGUGAUCAGUUCAAUCUCCCGACAACAGCGAUCAAAAAUCUCGAUCUGGAUACAUUUGUCGACAAUGCGAUUAAAGUUGAAGCAGGAGAACUUGAGACAUUGAGGCCUCCACCUUUUGAACCCGAACAGGAAGUCGACGAUUUUGCUGACAAUAUCGAGGAUCUAGUGUCGAUUGAUGAGAAAUCAAUGGAUGAAUGGAAGAGAGAUCCAACUCCACCACCAACACCGCCUGGUCUCACUCCACCACAAUCACCAUCUCCACCACCAUAUGAAGAAACGAGUGAAGAAGAGAUCCCCGAUCCACCCACACCACCGCCUCUCCCAGAGCCAGAGCCGGAGCCAGAACCCGAGCCAGAACCCGAGCCGGAACCCGAGCCAAGUCCUGAGCCUUCUUUGAAAACACCAGAACCUUCUCCAUCUCCUCCUCCAAAAACUCCCACACCCGAACCAUCUCCUUCUCCACCAAGAGAACCCACUCCACCAAAGAGUCCCACUCCUCCACCAAGAGAACCGACUCCAGAGCUGAGAGAGCCAACUCCUGAACCGACUCCAAGAGAACCCACUCCUGAGCCUGAACCCGAGCCCGAACCCGAGCCUGAACCUGAAGAAGAAAUUCUCCUGCCACCCGAACCUCGAAAACAACCAAAGAAGAAAACGUUGACAGCCGCGGAAUUAGCCGCACAAAAGAGGAAAGCUUAUAGUGAAGAUGCAUGGAGAAGAUAUCAAGAAUAUCAAAAUCAAUGGAAGAAGUUCCGACAGACGAAAAAUCAGCCAAAACCUCCACCGAAUCCUCGAGCAUCGAGUGGAAGUCGAGCCUCAACGGCUGGCGGAGUCAGCACUACUUCUUCUCGUCCCGGUUCAUCAACAUCCUCCCGUCCUGAGGGUUCUCGUCGUGGUUCUCGUGCUCCAUCACCCGAAAGUACCAACUCUUCACGCAUAUCU